AUGGAGGGACAGCAAUCAUGGAGGCCAAGAUUAUCGUUCAGGAGCGCGACCAUAAUGAUGUGUUUGCUGAACGUGAUCACUGCUCUUCUAUUGCUUCAGGGCUUUCUCUCCUCUGCUUCUUCUCGCUCCAAAUUGUCCACCUCUCACCUCAAUUCAGCCACACUUAGGUAUGUUCGAGAAUCUGAAGAAAUUCGUCUUGCUAUGAGACCCUUGGAACUGAUAAAAAGAGUGAAGGAAAUCCAACAAGAAGCAAAUGCAAAACCCGAAACAGUUCAAGAGAAAGACACAAAGCAAACCGUUGCAGGUGACCUUUCUAAAAGAUUGAAAGAUCUGCGUUCUGUUAAUGAUGCUACCAGCUUCAAAGCUGUUUUUCCCGUUUGGGAUCAUAUAAUGACUCUUCCUGCUGGAAGCUGUAUUCUAGAGAUUUAUGAAAUGGAACUCUCUGGUUACGGAAUCCCUCAUAAUAAUCACCUUUCCAUGGUGCCUUGGAAGAGUGGCGUAAAAGGAAGAUGGAGAGAGCGAGACUACGUGAACUAG